UCACUAUAAGGCUCAUCUUGGAGUGGCUGAGAUGCUUCUCAGAGGUCCCCUCUGCCCAGUUCCCCCUGGCAGGUGGCAGCACGCUGCUGUAAAUGCUUGUGCCACCACAUAGCGGGAGCUUCUGGUCCCCGUUUAUGUGGAAGAGAUGAUUUAUUUCUAAGGAAUGGAUGUGAGCAGGCAAAAUUAAGCCAAUCAUGGAAGUGAAGGUGCUGCUGCAGCCACCCGGGGACACACAAGCUCAAUGGGAAUCCCUUUUGCUGCAGUCCAACGAGCCCCAGUUUGAUGCUGCCGUCGGAAGGACAGCACUGCCUCCAGCACAGCUUCAGCCACGAGGAUAUCCUGGAGCCUUCAGAGCAGGACACAUUCAACAGCCUGACGCGGAUGGAAACACCUUCUAUCAACACCUUCAGAAACCCAUGUGCAGGACACAUACCUGAAUAGCAGAGCAGUGUUCAAGAAUGGAGUUGGUUGGCUCUCCCUUAACUGCAACGCAUGCCCAUCCAAGAUCAACACCUAACAAGUUUCUGCCUGCCAUAAGCACCAUGGCUUCAAGCUAUAAGAACCGUUUUCCUUACUAUCCUUUGCCUCAGACCUUCAGCCUCCCCUGGAUGCCCAGAAGCUACUAUAAAACAGCUGCCAUCAACCCAACUUUGGCUCCCUUUUCCAAAUGUGCCGAGGGGAUAACCCCUGGCAAGACACUGCCUUUUGUUUGCAACAGAACAGACCUCUUCACCCGCUACACCCCUGAGGACUGGUACAAGUCCAACAUGACCAACUACAAAGAGUCGGAGACUUCCCGGCAGAACGCAGAGCGCCUGAGAGAUGAUACCUGCCGCAUGAUUCAGGAUAAACAUCAGCAGACAAUGAAAACCCAAGGAGAGAGUACCAAAAACCUGGGAGUACGUGUCAAUGAUAUAGGAUUUUGGAAGUCUGAGCUCUGCCAUGAGCUGGAUGAGAUGAUCAAAGAGACCAGUGCGCUCACAGAUGUGAAGAAACGACUGGAGAGAGCCUUGGCUGAGACAGAGGCCCCUCUCCAGGUUGCUCGGGAGUGCUUGCUUCACCGGGAGAAGAGGAUGGGCAUUGACCUAGUCCAUGACGAGGUGGAGAAACAGCUCUUCAGAGAAGUCGACAUCAUCAAGUCCUGCCAGGAGAGGAUGCAGCAGCACCUGGAUAAGGCGAAAGCCCAGCUCAUGUCCAACAGGGGAGCCCAGCACGACCUGGAGAGGGACCUGGCCAACAAGCAGUCAGCUCACCGCAUUGAUGACAAGUGCUACCACCUGAGGAACACCUCCGAUGGGAUCAGCUACUACCGAGGGGUGGAGCGAGUUGAUGCCACGAUCACGGUGCCGGAGACAUGGGCCAAGUUCACAGACACCAACAUCUUCCGCUCCCAGAAUGACCGGGCAGCCUCUGCCAAGCUGCGGGACAACAUCGAGACCCUGCUGGCAGUGACGGCUGAUGAGAUGUGGAGCCAGUUCAACACAGUCAACGUCGCGUUCACCAACCGCAUCUCUGAGACAGCCGAUGCCAAGAGCAAGAUUCAGACUCACCUGGCCAAGACUCUGCAGGAAAUCUUCCAGCUUGAGAUGAACAUAGCAGCUAUCCGCAAAGCCAUUCGGGACAAAGGACCUCCAUUAAAAGUGGCUCAGACCCGGCUGGAUGAGCGCACAUGGAGACCAAACAUGGAGCUGUGCCGGGACCCUCCCCAGCUCCGCCUUGUCAACGAGGUCUAUGAACUUGAUGAGACAAUUCAGAACCUUCAGCAGCGGCUGAGUGACGCUGAGGACGCGCUGCAAACACUGGUUCGCGCCAAGUCAGUGCUGGAGCAUGACCUGGCUGUCAAAGCCAACUCGCUCUUCAUUGACCAGGAGAAGUGCAUGGGGAUGCGCAAGACCUUUCCCAGCACUCCACGCCUGUUCUGUCCCCCAACACCGCCAAGAUGCUGCUUUUGCUGCUGGGGAUCAUCGUGCUCCACGUCACCCUGCUGGUGCUCCUCUUCGUCUCCACCAUCGUUAGUCAAUGGCUGGUGAGUGACGAGCACACGGCAGACCUCUGGCAGAACUGCACCUCCGGUACCGUCUUCCGCUGCCUGACAUCGUCCACAAACGAAUGGCUGCAGUCUGUCCAAGCAAUGAUGAUCCUCUCCAUAAUCUUCAGCGUCUUGUCCCUGUUCCUGUUCUUUUGCCAACUGUUCACCCUCACCAAGGGCGGGCGGUUUUACAUUACUGGAAUCUUCCAAAUCCUUGCCGGGCUCUGCGUGAUGAGCGGCGCUGCCAUCUUCACAGUGAGGCACAUGGACUGGCACCAAGCCUUGGAAAACACCUCCUAUGGCUUUGCCUAUAUCCUGGCGUGGCUGGCCUUCCCCCUGGCCCUGGCCAGCGGCAUCAUCUACAUCAUCCUACGGAAGCGCGAGUGAUGCUGCGGGAGGUGGCCUGGCGUGACAAGGGGCACUCAUGAUGUCCACGGAGGAGACGGAGGCGGGGGAAAAUAGACGAGAAAACGGAAAAGAAAAUUAACCAAACAAGAAAAGGAAUAAACCCUCCCACCAAAACCAAACCCAACCGACCCCCCCAAGGAAACACUCAAAGGGUUACUUGUUAAUUGAAGAUGUAUAUAGUAUCUAUGGUUUAAAAAACCUAUUUAUAACACUUUUUACAUAUAUGUACAUAGUAUUGUUUGCUUUUGUUGACCCUACGCUAUGUUUUAAAGCCUAAAGCAAGUGCCUAAGGAACUAUUACUCCUAACAGUGUAACAAGAGCGCAGUGAUUUUUUUUUUUCUCUCUCAUGCAAAAUCCUCUUUGACCUGAACUCUCCUUCCCCAUCCCAGCCCAUAUCGAACCAUCAGAAAACCCCAUCUCUGAGUGGUUUAUAGGCUGGCAUAAAUCGGAGUUACUCCUGCCACAUGCUGUGAUCCUGGUAACUGAAGUGCACGUCCAGAUCUGACGGGAGAUGCUUCCGAAAGGUUUGAAGGAUUUCAGAGCAAAGGCUUUGAUUUGCCCCAAGUGCCUAAAUGACUUAUGUGCCUAAAUCCCAUUGCCUUUCCUCCACACCCGCUGGGAAUUUGGGCUUUUAAAUCACUUAGGUUGAAUUGCAAUCCAGCACGGGCUGUCCUCCUUCGCCCGGGCCAGCUUUAGGGGUGCCCCCUGUGCCAAUGGGGCUGGGUGUGUGCCGAGCCAAGCACCGGGGCAGUGAUGCUCCCGACCGUGAAACGUGCUUUAUCCUUGCCGUGGAGCUAAACUACCGAGGAGAAAGAAGCCAACCCAGUAUAUCUAUGAAAUCAAAUACCAGAUAUAUGACAUGGUGCUAUCUAUUUACCAUUCCUUAUACUGCUAGCCAUUUAACCUUAUUCACUGGAAAUUCAGUUAACAAUCUUGAGGUAAACGAGAAAGCUAGAAAUGAGAAAUAAUUCUGUGUAAUAUAAAUGAGCUAUAACUGCUUUUGUACUUAGACUGGCUUUUACUAUUAUUUUUAAUAAAGCAUUUAUAACCAA